AGAUUAAACCCCAUUAAUUUCGGUCUGUGUCCAAAAAAUCUUCCUCUCUCUCUCACUGGCAAUCGAAAAAAAUGGCGAGUGGUGGUGGAUAUGGCAGCUCCAACCAAAAAACCGACUACGUGUUCAAGGUGGUGUUGAUCGGAGACUCCGCCGUCGGGAAAUCUCAAAUUCUCUCGCGUUUCUCACGCAACGAGUUCAGCUUGGAUUCAAAGGCUACUAUCGGCGUCGAGUUCCAGACUCGCACCAUGGUUAUACAGCACAAGUCCGUCAAAGCUCAGAUCUGGGACACCGCUGGCCAGGAGAGAUACAGAGCUGUCACAAGUGCUUACUACAGAGGUGCAGUCGGGGCUAUGCUGGUUUACGACAUAACUAAGAGGCCGACGUUUGACCACAUUCCCCGUUGGUUAGAAGAGUUGCGUGCUCAUGCGGACAAAAACAUUGUAAUAAUCCUGAUUGGGAACAAGAGUGAUCUUGAAGACCAGAGAGCAGUGCCGACAGAGGAUGCUAAGGAAUUUGCUGAAAAAGAAGGCCUAUUUUUCUUAGAAACCUCAGCACUGGAAGCAACCAACGUGGAGGAGGCGUUUGUGACGGUUUUGACAGAGAUUUUCAACAUUGUUAACAAAAAGAAUCUCGUUGCCGGUGAUGAUGAAGCGAACAGCAAUCCAGGGUCGUUAGCCGGUAAGAAGAUCCUCAUUCCUGGGCCAGCUCAAGUAAUCCCAGAAAGUAAUAGGAUGUGUUGUAGAUCAUGAUUUCUUCUUAGUUUGAUAUUUCUUGUCUGGAACUAAUUAUUUUUUGAGGUAGUCGGGAAUUGUUUGUGUUACUUUUACAAUGUUAGUGUGGGUGGGUAAAAUGGUCAUUUGUUAUUUGGCAUGGAGAUCAGAGCACACAAGAUUUGUACUUUGUUUGGAUAAUUGUUUUUCUCUUUCAUAAAUAGUCAUUUGUUAUUUGAACUUCA